CAGGAGCAGCUCGCCGUCUCCUUCAUCGCCCAGCUCGGCCGCGUCUGGAGCAGCGCGCGCAUGCCGCUCCGCCUCUUCCCGUACACGAUCCUCGCAACCUCGGCCACCGCCGGGCUCAUCGAGGUCGUCCCCGACGCAAAGUCGCUCGACGGCAUCUGCAAGACCGCCUCCUUCUCCUCGCUCGCCGCCUUCUUCCGCGCGCGCUACGGCGGCCCCUCCUCGCGCGCCUUCUAUGCCGCCCGGCGCAACUUCGUGCAGUCCAGCGCCGCGUACUCUGUCGCGUGCUACCUCCUCCAGAUCAAGGACCGGCACAACGGCAACAUCCUGCUGCGCGCCGACGGCUCCGUCGUCCACAUCGACUUUGGCUUCCUCCUCUCCAACUCGCCCGGCAAAAACAUCGGCUUCGAGUCUGCGCCCUUCAAGCUCACGCGCGAGUGGGUCGAGGUGAUGGGCGGCGCGUCGUCGCCGUGGUUCGCCUACUUUCGGCUGCUCGUCGUGCGCGGCUACCUCGAGGCGCGCCGCCACCGCGAGGAGCUCCUCCUCUCCGUCGCCGCCGCCUACCACGCCACCGGCGGCUCGCUGCCUUGCUUCCGCGCCGGGGAGGCGUCGAUCGACGCGAUGCGGCAGCGCUUCCGGCCGCACGACUCGGAGGUGCAGGCGGCGCGGUUCGCCGCGAGCCUCGUCUCCGAGUCCCUCGACCACUGGCGCACGCGCACGUGCGUCUCUGCGCGUGCGGGUGCGUGCUCGCCACUGCAGCGGGUGUGA